AUGGAGUCCUGUAGAUUUGCUGGUACUAUGCUUAAGAACUCAUUGGAUGCCACCACCCGAGAGCAUUUACUCCAAAGAUGGUUGACAAUUGACAUUUCAUUCAGAUGCCAAAUCAAAGGGUUGAUCUUAAAGACUCUUGGUUCAUCAAUUUCUGAAGUAGGCCACACUGCAGCCCAAGUAAUCGCCAAAAUUGCUUGCAUAGAAAUCCCAAGAAAAGAAUGGCCUGAACUCCUCAGCUCUUUACUUGGAAACAUGACCCAACAAGAUCAACCAGCAUCAUUAAAGCAAGCAACUUUGGAGUCACUUGGGUAUAUUUGUAAGGAAAUAUCUCAUGAUGAUUUUGUCCAAGAUGAAGUCAACUCUGUCCUUGCAGCUGUACUUGAGGGCAUGAAUAUCACCGAGCAGAGCUCUGUUCGUCUAGCUGCAGCCACAGCUUUAUACAAAGCACUUCAAUUCACACAUACAAAUUUUGAAAACGAAAUGGAAAGGAAUAACAUCAUGAAAGUGGUAUGUGAAACAGCCAGGGCUAAAGAAGCUGAUAUCAGAAAAGCUGCUUUUCAAUGCCUUGUGUUCAUUGCAUCCACUUACUAUAAAUUUUUGGAGCCUUACAUGGCAACCCUAUUUGAGUUAACAGCAAAUGCUAUUGACGUAGAUGAAGAAAGCAUUGCUUUUCAAGCAGUUGAGUUUUGGAGUUGUAUUUGUGAGGAAGAGAUUAAGCUUCAAGAUAUUGAAAAUAGGGCUAAUUCCCGUUUCAUAGAAAAGUGUAUGGAUGUACUGGUUCGAAUGCUUUUAGAAACUUUGUUGAAGCAAGAUGAAGAUGGCAUCUGGAAUUUGUCAGUGGCAGGGGGGAGAUGUCUUGGUCUUGUUGCGAGAAUUGUAGGGGAUUCCAUUGUCCGCUUUGUAUUGCCAAUUGCUGUAGACAAUCUUUCAGAGUGCGAUUGGCGGUCUCGUGAGGCAGGAGCAUAUGCGCUCGGUUCCAUUCUUGAAGGCCCAAGUGCCGAACAUUUGUCUCCUCAUCUCUUAUGUUUCUUGUACUUGCUGCUUGAUGCUAUGGAAGAUCAAAACAGUCAUGUGAAAGACACUACCGCAUGGACUCUAACCCGUACUUUCAAGUUAUUACACAGCACUGCCACUGGUUUUUCCAAAAUUUCACCUGCUGACCUUGAAAGAACCAUCUGGGUCCUUCUAGAAAGUAUCAAAGAUUCACCCCGUAUUGCUGAGAAAGUGUGUGGGGCUAUUUAUUAUCUUGCUCAUGGGUAUGAAGGUUUUAAAAGCCGCUCUUCUGUUCUGACCCCCUAUCUUGCUGACAUAAUAACUUCACUCAUUGCAACUGCUGAAAGAACAGACACGAAGCUGCAAUCUGCUGCGUAUGAGACUCUGAAUGAAGUUGUGAGGUGUUCAAAUCUGCCUGAAGCAUCUCAAAUCAUAACACAGCUCCUCAGUGUUGUGAUGACCAAACUUGGUCAAGGUCAAACAACUGAGCCCCAAAUCCUCUCAUCAUAUGAUAGAGAAAACCAAGCCUUAUUGUGUGGUGUCUUGCAGGUGAUCAUUAAAAAACUCAGCAGCACAGACGAAACAAAAACGUCUAUAUUCCAAGCUGCUGACCAAAUCAUGGCACUGCUUCUGAAGGAUCUUUCUACUGGUGACUUGCACCCGUCUCUAAAGCCUCCAAUUUUUUCUUGUUUUGGUGAUGUGGCGCUUGUGAUCAGGGAGCAUUUUGAGAAGUAUUUUCCUGAUGCUAUGUCUAUGAUGCAUGGGGCUGUGGAUGCUUGUGCUCAGAUUAAUGAUGAGGAGAUGGUGGAGUAUGGGAAUCAGCUUAAGAGGAGUAUAUUUGAGGCGUAUUCGGGUAUUUUACAAGGGCUUAAGAAUUCCAAGGCUGAGUUGAUGUUGCCUCGUGCUCCACAUCUUUUGAAAUUGAUUGAGGUGGUUGUCAAGGAUCCCCACAGGGAUAAAAGGGUGGUAAGGGCAGCGGUAGCAGCACUUGGAGACCUUGCAGAUUCACUUGGGUCACACUCACACAUGAAGGUGCUAUUCAAAGACAUUGAAUUUUUUAGUGAAUUACUAGGAGAGUGUCGUCAAUAUGAAGAUGAGCAGCUGAAGGAGACAGCAAUUUGGACCCAAGGAAUGAUUGACCGUGUGUGUGGAUUUGGUUUUGGGUCUUCUAUCACACGUGUAGGUUAUAUCACGAUUGUUUCACCUCCAACGUUUCCAUAUUCAUCAAUCUUCUCUCUCCAGAACACAAAGAACCUUCAUCUAACCUUCUUCUACCCUCUGCUCUCUCCACCGGCGACGACUGCCUCGCCCACCAGAGGUCACCGUCGAAGCCCUCGAAACAACCUACCUCGUCUCUGGAAAUCAGUUGAUCCCCGUUGCUCAAUCGGGUGA